AUGGCGACGCCUGGAGUUUCGCGGGCAACAGAAGCGACUUGCUCAUCGGCCAAUUUAGAACGUCCAGCUGCGGAUGAGCUGAUAAAGCUUUCCAAGCAUGUGGGCGCCUUGAAGCGAACGCUGCGUACCGGAUGGGUGCGCCGGAAAGUGGACGAUCCCGAAAGCGUCGCGGAGCACUCCUACCGCAUGGCCAUGCUCGCCUUGCUUUACGGCCCCGGCGUGAAACGAAGCGAGGUGAUGUUGUCCUCCACUGCAAGAACAUCUUCUGGUUGUUCGACGACAAGAACUACCGAUGCGGCUGGUGGUGCGCGACUUGCAGUCAAGAAAGAUAUGUUUAUUAGUGAAGGAGCAUCUACGGCACCACAACCACGAGGGGACGCGGAGGAGCAGUGCAUUGACGUAAUGCGUUGCUGCCGGAUGGCGCUGGUCCAUGACCUGGCGGAGGGCAUCGUCGGGGACCUCGUGGUGGAUGGGAGCGCGGAGUGCCGAGACAACAUUUCGAAGGAGGCGAAGCAGCGCCUGGAAGAAAGUGCGAUCAACGAAAUUUUGCUCGGGACCAAGAGGAGAUCUACUUCAGACGGGACGAGAAAGAGUCGGAGUCCAUCGCCUGCAAGCGAUAGCAAAAAUAUUAAACGGCGCAAGGAGAUUCAGAAAAUAAAUACCACCAACACAAAAUCAGACGGAGGCACUGACGCUUCAGCAAGACCAGAUGUAGUUGAAUCGCGGCCAGAAGUGGACGAGCCAACAAGAACGAAGCCGGAUCUUUUGCAGGAGGUGCCAGCGUAUUUGCGGCGACGCGAGAUGUGUAGUGAGCUACUCUCGCUCUGGCACGAGUACGAAGCCCAGGAGACCGCCGAGGCAAGGUUCGUGAAAGACCUAGAUCGCCUGGAAAUGCUGCUUCAGGCCGACGACUAUUUGGACGAAAAGCAGCAAAGUCCGCAAUUAAACUUAGAUGACUUCUACGCGUCGACCAAGGGAAAGUUCAGAUCCGAUGUCGCGCAAGCAGUGGAUGCUGCACUCAGAGACAAACAUGCGCAACGGAAAGGCUAACGCUAACAAGGCUCACUAUCUUUGUCGGCGGAGGCUCAAUGCAAUAGUGUCACUUCGGUGUCGUGCACUUCCAUGCGCAUGGCCGCUACAUAAUGAGAAGUUAUUAUUUCGUCCACCUCCAACCACACCCACACGGUAACGCUAAUGACAACGAGAACGACCAGCGACUGCGACAAUCUAAGUUUGUGAGCAUAUGCAUAUGCUCUUCUUCACAAACAGCUGCUUCCUCUGAAAAUUAAAUGAUACGCAUCUAUGAGCGUGCAGGAGGA